UCAUUGAGAGUCAUCAAGUUUUCAUUGUUGCUAUCUGUCUUGUUUUUCUAGCUUCUUUGUCUAUACAUCCAUACCGAUCACGUGAUGUGUUUCCUCAUUCGAUCGGACGCCGAGAGCUCCUGCAAUUUCUCGAGUCCGCUCUCGAGUACUCGAGAUCACGGAAUGCAUAAGGUCUUAGUACCAAGUCGCUCUGGGGUCCAUCGCUUUGCUUGUUUGGCGCUUUAUCGGGCCCUUCUCCGACAAUGUUCUCCAUCCGCCGCCGGUGAUGCGUCUUGGCGCGGAGAGACCAAAUUUCUCGUCCAGCAAAGGUUCCGAAGAUACAAAGGGCUACAAAGUCCCUCUCAGGUUGCAAAUGCACUGAAAGCAGGAUACGAGGCUGUGGAUCUGCUUGACCGCACGUCAAAAGGAAGCCCGCCGGACUCCCAAAAGCUCACAACGAUACUUUUCCAGGCAAAUUCUUUCAAGGAGCAGUAUGCCGCUGAGCAAAGAAGGAUGGCGGCGUUGAUCCCGCCGAAGCCGCUAUCGCCGAGGCAAUUCCGAAAGGAACAGACUAUACGAUUCGAGCAAGAAACCUCCCGUAAGCACCCAGAUGCUUCGUCGAUUCUGGAUCGCCCGCGACUAUCUUUAAGCGGGAAACGAAAGGUGCCAGUUCUGGUAAAUGCGCGCGGGGUGCCUUUCUUGCGAAUCAAGAAACCUCAGCCAAGGAAUCUGAGUGGUGUCAUACGAAGCAGGCUCGAAAAGCGGUGGAACCGCAUUGUGACCCGCGACAGGCUACAUGUGGAGCUUCUCUUUGCCAAUGAUGAGGAUGCAUGGGAUCGUCUCACGAGAGGCGCAGAACAGCCCACAUGGACCAAGGAGGUCAAGCUUGCUCUGGACAACGUGUAUGAGAAGAUUCGGGAAACAGACAAAAAAAACCGCGAGUUGGCUGAAGGUAUGUGGAACAUCGUGCUUGAAGAGAGAGAAUUGGCCAAGAAAGAAGACGAGCAGAGACAUCUGGAGCAGUUGGCCUUGCAGGAUAAGAGUACUUAACCUCUGUCACUGGUGUUGAUCGUUUGCAAGCCCAUUCCACAUGCACUCAGUGGCCUGCUGUGUAAAUCUCUCAAUGUGCUCUCGGCUUGGGGCUUGAUCGGUUGUUUAUCGGGAUAUAUCCCGGGUUUGUAUAAUAGACAUGUUUCAAUAAUGAUACCCCCAAUUUUACUGAUCGUUCGGACUUGGAGCAUGCCUUUCUGUGAACGAAUGAGAGGGCAGUG